AUGGUACGCAAUAAGAAGCCGAACACCCUGGGAGGCUCCCCACACCGCCAAACCGGCACAUUGGAUGACUACAUGUCCACCCCGGGCUCCCGCGGCGGCCUAUGGCUGACUGGAAACAUGGCACCUGACUCCCCAGGCAGUGAAAGGGUGGGAAGCGCCACAGCACUCUGUGGACACUCUGGCGUUGAUCUGGCAAGAGCUGACCGCAAUAUCGGGGCAAAUGCUGAGGAAGGCUGACACCACCAGCCUCUUGCAACACCUCCGGACGGCCGUCCGUGAGGAGAUCGCGGCCUUGUGCACUGACUUGUCGGCCGUGGAGGUCCGCGUGGAGGCGCUUGAGACGGAGGCCCAGGCAAGCGGCACACAGCAUCAGGCGGCUGAACUAGCUACCACCCGCCAAGGAAACCUGCUCCUAUCCCUCAGAAGACAGGUAGAAGACCUGGUAAACCGACUCCCCUGUCGGAAACGGUCACAACUCUCUUUCAGCAGCUUCUGGGCCAAGAUCCAGUAUGACCGGAUCCAUAGAGCGUUGGGGCCGCCGCAACCUGAUGGCUGCCCCAGAGAUGUCCUGUGCUGUCUUCACUCUUACAGCCUCAAAGAAAAGAUAAUGGCAGCAGCAAGAGGCUCUAACAGCUUCCAGUUCGGAGGCACGGAGGUUGCGCUUUAUCAAGACCUAUCUAGCCUCACCUUAGACGCCAGGCGCGCCCUACGGCCACUGACAACAGAGGGAUCACCUACAGAUGGGGUCUCCAGGUGA